AUGGACCAUGGUGGGAAAAGUAAGAUCUCACUCGAAGACUACCUCGAUUUCUUCUCCUCUAACAACCAGCUUCUCCUCACCGUCAACUAUCUUACUCAGAUCAUUAAGAUGCACGGCUACAGGAAAAUCAAUGCUCAGAAGAGUGUAUUGAGGGAGGCCGUAAGCGCAAUUGAUCUGAUCAAUCCCUCUCGUUCCACGCUCGAAGAGAGCGUCUCAUCCUCCGCGUCCAUUCCGCUUGAGGACGUAAUUUCGGACCUCAAAGACCUCGAUUGGCUAGAAUGCUGUGCCACGUCGGUUGUUACAUUCAGUUCGCGGAGCCAGAAUAGCUCCAGUCCGAGUCCGGAUCACCAGGAGCCGACUUGUGCCUCAAAGAAGCCGGAAAGAAAACUCCGACGAUUGGUAGAACGUCUUGAUCAAACGGAGGCCGCCAAUGAUGGAGUUUCCUCGUCUUGUGCCUCAAAGGACCUGGAAAGGAAAUUAGGGCCACAGAGUAAGAGAAAGAAAACAGCAGCUUAA